AUUUAAAUAAUGAGUGCCGCAGACAUUGAUGACAGUGAUAUGAUAGGAGCUGUUAAGAUCAAAGAUGGCCUUUUUAUUGGUGAUGGCAUGGCUGCACAGGACCUAGAAUUUGUGGUCGCUAAUAAAGUAACACGCAUAAUAAAUUGAGCUGGAAAAGAAAUUCCAAAUCAUUGGGAACCUAUUGGAAUUGUGUACAUGACCUUCUUUGGAGGUGAUCAAGGCCCAUGGCAAAUGAAGAAUACCGAAGAAAUGGCUAUAAACACAAGAGAAAUCUAUGAUUUCAUUGAGGACACUCUCAAUAAAUCAGAAAGUAUCCUCGUUCAUUCCGCCAGAGGGCAAAGCCGAGCUUCUACUGUGAUCUCAAUCUAUCUAAUGAAGAAGUAUAGCUGGACUCUCCUGAAAACAUUAGAGUUCCUGAACUCUAGGAGGCCAGACCUUGAGAUCAGGUCAAGUUUUAUUCAACAACUGAAUUGCUUUGAGAAUUAUUUAAUGAAGCUUAGUAUGGGUCCUCGAACUCACGACUGGAAUCAGAUUACUGAAAAUACAUUUUAUAUCGAGAAUGAAGAGCUGUUACUAAGAAAUACAUUUCUGAAUGCCAAGAUGGGCCCACUCGUCAAUUAUAAUGAUUACCAUCAAGGGCAUAAUAAACCCAAAAUAAAGAGAAGUCUUUUAUGGGCAGAUGAAAAUAGGUACCCGCUUGCUUGUGAGAAUUUGGAUGAGGAUGAUCUAAUUAAUAAGAUUUCUGUAGCUCCAAUAGUUACACACCAUCAGUAUCAUGCAUCACAGUUAAAGUCUUCAUUUUCUUCUGCUAAAGGUUUACCUUUCGGACCCAAGUAUACAGGAGAAGGUAAAAUUGACUUUUACUCCCAAAAUAAGAAAGAAAAUAAUUUUGAAGAAGAGAAAGAAGAUGCCCCUCUCUAUGAAAUAGACGUUAAUUUGAGAGAGCCUCCAAGAAGAGGAGCUUCGAAUGGAACUAGAGUUAAUGAUCUGAGCUCAUACAAUAAAAAUCCUCAUCCCCAUCCUAAGAAACACUCAAAAGCUGAAGGUGCAGGACAACCGCAAUACCAGAGAACAAUUCUGGGACAAGCAGAUAUGAACUCUCAGCCGGCAUACUCUGGAAUGUCCCGAUAUAUGAAUCAGAAAGAGAAUGAUUCUUCAUAUAUCGAUUCAAAAACUACAAAAAGCACAUCUUUUCAUAAAGAUGAUUCACAGCAAGAAGAGGAGACUUUGAAUAAGUCUAUAAAUGAUCCUUCAGGCAAAUAUAAGAGUGGUCCCACCAAGUCUAAAGUUCCUGCAAGUGGUCUCCCUCAUUCAAUGGCUCAUAAGAAUAAGAACAUGCAUACUAAAAUAAACAGAGGCAUUUCUCCAAAUCAACCUCCCGCAAGUAUGAAGAAUAAAGGCAGAACUACCACGAAAAAUUACAAUAAUAGAAUUGGAAAAUAUCCUGUUAAAGAGCAACCUGAUGGUCAAAGAAGAUCCAAUUCUCUCAAGGUAAAGGAGAAGGAUAGGAUACAAUAUAAUAAGCCUUCUCCUUCAUCAAGAAUGAACCAGAAAUCAGGAGGAUCCUUUUUAGCUCCGUCUGGAGCUUCCAGUAAGCCUGAGAGGCCAAGAAAGCCAAAAGGUUCCAGCUCUAUUGGAAGCUCUAAGUCUGGAUAUAAUAAACCUAAUACAAAUGCGUCAGGCUCUGGAUCAAAUGGACAGUACAAUUAUGGAUCUAAUUACGAUAAUAGAAACCCCGGGAAUAGUAAUUUCACUGCUAAUCCAAGAAUAAGGAAAACAAGUAAUAAUCCUUCUACUAUAAACAAUACAAUGGCUAGCUUCCGGUCUGGGCCAGUUAAGGUGGUCGGGAAAUCUACCAAUGGAGGAAGAGAUAAGCAUCAAGAAGAGUCUCAUAAAAGUAAUCUAAAUGAAUCAAGAAAAGGACAAAUGACUGACUUGAGAAAGAGCCACACAGGAGAGUACCGUAAAAAUCAUUCGAAAGAUGGAAGCAAGAGGCCUUCAAGUGCUAGCAAAGCUACCAAAUCUUCAAAAAUAGUAUCUAAAGUGCCAAAUCGUCCUGGGACUGCUUCUACUAGAUCUUCUUUGAAUAGACCUCCUAGCCCAGGAUCAAGGACUUUGAAAUCAGACUUAUUGUUUAGCUCUUACAAGUAUAAAUAGCAGUAAAAUUGGUGGAGCUACUAAGAAAUUGAGCAGCUCAAAGCAGACAAAUAGUGUUAGUAAACUAAAGCAGCCGAAUGGCUCAGGAUCUAAAUCUCGUACAAAGCCUCAUUCUCCAGGGAGAGUUAUGUAUUCGAAGCAGCCGGGACAAACCUCUUCUACUAGCUAUACUCAGUACCGAGGUCUUAGAGCCCCUCCAAGUGGGUCAAAUAAUUAA